CAGCUUGUUAUCGCCCGUUAAUCGCAUUCUUGUAAAUCUUGACAGUCCCCAGAAUGGCCCCUCCGCGUGGUAGAGCUCCUAGAGGGCGCGGGAAGCGCCCUCGUGGUGGUGGUGUCAGUCGCAGAGAUGCCUUUCAAGCGUCCCGAGUCGACGAGAUUCAGUCGGAUGCUUCGUCGGACAGCGAAAUUGACUCAGUUGAUGAGCCCAUGGAGGACGCAGCAGCCAACGAAGAUCUUCUGAACCAAGAUUCAUCCGAUAGUGAAGAGGAAACCGAACAAAAGGGACAUUCGUAUAAUGAGUUGUUGAAACUAUUGAACACCGACAACGAAAACAAUGGACCAGCUCGCAAGAAGCGGAAGACCGACCAUCGCAAGACUGAGGUUCAAGAGGUGACUCGCGACGAUGCAGAGGAGGAGGACGAAUCUUUGCUGGGGGACGACGAUCUAGAGCAGCAAGAACCGUCGGACGCAGAGGACGAAGACAACCAGCCUGACGCAGAGGCAGAAUUGCAAGCGGACAGUGAUGACGAGGAGGAUGACAAUGAUCCUUUCGAUGCCCACUUCAACACCCUCAAAGAGGAGGACUUAACCAAGAAGGUCAAAGCCAUCGGAGAAAACAAGUGGACGACUACCAAGAAGGAACUCGCGGAGGGACUGAAGGUCGUGCGCUCCAUUCCUGACGCGGGCGGCGACGCAUCCUUGCUGCCUCCGAUGAAGAGCAUUUCGAGUGUUAAGCUUAAGAGAAAGCUCAAGGCUCCUGCGACAGAACAUAUCUCCAGUAUUGACGGUGAUGCUCAACACCUGGCGCCAUACAUUUUUGGCUACCAAGAUGUCCUCUACGGCGCCCGUACAGCUGACAACGCGGCUCACAUGCGGGAUCUCUUGGCCCUUCAUGCGGCUAAUCACGUACUGAAGACCCGCGACCACGUUCUCAAGAACAACGCCCGUGUGGCCAAGGAUCCGGAUUCCGACCUGGAUGUCCGGGAUCAGGGCUUCACCCGGCCGAAGGUGCUGUACUUGCUGCCGACCAAGCAAUCAUGUGUGCGGGCGGUGGAUGCCAUUACGCGAUUCUUCCAACCAGAGCAACAGGAGAACAGGAAACGACUCUUAGAUACCUUCUCGGCGGCCGAUGACAAGAAUUGGGAGAACAAGCCGGACGACUUCCGCGACCUGUUUGGCGGCAACGACGAUGACAUGUUCCGACUUGGCCUCAAAUUUACGCGCAAGACUGUGAAGUAUUUUGCGCAAUUCUACACAUCCGAUAUGAUCCUUGCCAGUCCACUCGGUCUGCGCACGAUCAUGGACCAAGCCGAUGCGAAGAAGCGUGACCACGACUUCUUGUCCUCGAUCGAAGUGGUCAUCAUCGACCACGCGGACGGCCUGCUCAUGCAGAACUGGGAUCACGUAGACUACAUCCUCAAGCACCUCAACCUGCAGCCGCGCGAGGCGCACGGCUGCGACUUCAGCCGCGUGCGGACAUGGUACCUAGACAACCACGCGCGCCAUAUGCGACAGAUGAUCAUGCUGUCUUCCUUCCUGACGCCGGAGAUGAACUCGGCAUUCUCGACGCAGAUGCAGAACGUCUUUGGCCGCGUCAAGGUCAGCCCCGUCUACGCGGGUGCCAUCGGGGAACUGGCGCUGCCCGUGUCGGUGCGCCAGACGUUUUCGCGCUUCGACAGCCUCUCGCCGGCGAAGGACCCGGAUGCGCGGUUCAAGCAUUUCACGACGACCGUGCUGUCCUCGCUGGUGCGCGACCUCGCCUCGGGCCGCGGCAAGAGCGGCGGCGGCACGCUGAUCUUCAUCCCCUCGUACCUGGACUUUGUGCGCGUGCGCAACUACUUCGCCACCUCGACCCAGACGACCCACGUCUCAUUCGGCGCCAUCAGCGAGUACACGGGCGUGCGCGAGGGCACGCGCGCCCGCACCCACUUCGUGCAGGGCCGCCACUCCGUGCUCCUGUACACCGAGCGUAUUCACCACUUCCGCCGCUACCAGCUCCGCGGCGUCAAGCGCAUCAUCAUGUACGGCGUUCCCGAGAACCCCAUCUUCUACUCGGAGAUCGUGGGCUUCUUGGGCCUGGAUCCGGCCCAGGUGGCCGAGGCGGCCGAGGGUGGCGUGCGCGCGCUGUUCUCCAAGUGGGAUGCCUUGAAGCUGGAGCGCAUUGUCGGGACGAAGCGUGUUGGAAACAUGUUGCGCGAGAAGGGCGGGGACACUUUCACCUUCAUGUAGAGAUAAUCAUUAUUUAGUUGCAGCUGUAAGAUUUAGUUAGAGAAAAACUUACUACGAUAUCUAGG